AUGUCCAAGACAGGUAACUUGGCCAUUAGAAAGUUCCGUCCGGCCUCAUGGCUACAAAAAACAGGUUAUGCACCUCAAGUGUUCAUAUUCCGAAACUUAGAGUCAGGACAGGUAGUUUACUCUCAAUUCCCCAACUUCACACCCAAGCAAAUUGAUACGCUUUUCCAGCGCCCUAAUUGGGAGAACAAGAAACCUUCAACAAGACGUGAUAUUUGGAGAUGUAUGUGUGUGGUGGAUAUGCCCGACUUUGAGUCCAGUGUCAAAUUGUAUCAGAACCUACGUAGGUUACGUUACUUGCGAGACGUCCGUCUCUCCAAGGAUGCUGAUUCCAUGCGGAAGAAGAACGACGACGGAAACACAUGGUACAGCAUGCAGUACAGACCGACAUACACGCAAGAAGCAGUUGCAGAUCUAAUCGAGUCAUUGCAAAAGACUUUCAGAGACACCAAGGACCAAAGAGCGACUCUACACUGGGAAGAUCCGUGGAGAAUGGGUGAUAAGGCCAAGUAUUGGACGCCAAAAUUGCCUAACGUCAACCACGCCGUGAUGAACCGUUUGGGGAAUAGCGCCAGGGAAGAAAGUUCAUUACUUAGAGAAUUAGGAGAAAAGGCGAAGCAAGAGUUUGCCAGGAUAAGAGAAGAAGAAAAUCAGGCCAAUUCAAUUUCGCUGUAG